GAUCUCAAUGUUUAUGCCAUUUGUUUCACUCAAUCAUAACAAUAGUAUUGUUGUUAUUGUUGUCAUUGAUUAUCACCUGAACUGAUCCACACACACACACACACAAAGUUUUGGAUUAUAUAUAUAUAGAUAUGGAUGACAGAUACCGGCAGAUAGUGGCCAUCAAUGCCGAUAACAAUCUCUACGACGAGAUUAGUGCCCAAAAUCGGCAACUGUUUCGUCAGAUCAAACAAUGCGAAGAAAUGGUCAACAGUUUUGCUGCUGAAGAGGUGGAUGACGACGACGACGAUGAUGAAGAUGACUAUGAAGUACAACAUGUCAUUGUCAACAACAACAAGAAGAGUAGCAGAAGAGAAGGACAGUUGUCGACGACUAAGAGAAAGAUUAGGACACCGGCGGCGACGGCGGCUGUUGUCAACAAUAACAAUGAUAUUAAUAGUACUUUCGAUGAAAUCAAAGCAGUCAACGGAAGACUACAAAAACAAUUGGUAUUGUUUGAGGAAGUGGUCAACGAUUUGAUGGACUGCGCAACCGGUUGUUCCAAGUGUUGCGAUAGUGUCGACCAGUUGGCCGACAAAUGGACAGAGUUGGAGAAGACUACUACUACUAGUUGUUUGGCGGCUGCAGUCGAUAAGCCGGUGACUACUGGUGCUGAUGAUGAUGACGAUGAAGAUAGCAGUGAAAUGAUGGCCAAUACAAGUGAAAAGACUACUAUGACUACUAAUAAUAGCAGUUUUCGGCCAAAGAUAACUACUAUUGAUGUCAACGAUAUUAUUGUUGAAUACAAAACUAAAAACGAAAGAUUUGGCGAACAGUUGUCGGUCUAUAGGGAAGUGUUUAAAGAAUUAAUAGUUUCGGUAAAACAGUGUAAUCAAUGUCAAGAAAAUGAACUAAUUAUAGACACAGUCAAAGAGUUUAAGUGUCAGAUAAAGAUGUUUAACAACAACAACGGUGACGACAACGACGGCAACAACUUUUUAGACGAUGUGAUGAUCGGUAGUACAGAUGAUAAUGAUAUUGACGGCGAAAACAACAACAACGAUGAUGAGAGUCCGCGGCCAACAAAUCAGACACCGAAGUCAUCGGCGAUUGAAAAAGUAGGAAACGAACAGUCACUCGAUGAUGGAUCAGAUGGUGAUAAUCAACAGUCGACGGCUGAUAGCACUACCGCACAAACUGAUAGCACAACAACAACAAUACCUACGGAAACAUCGGGCGAGUCAUAUGAAGACCAAUUAAAACAACUCAAAGCUAAAUGUCUGACACCUAAUGGCAAUUAUAUUUGCGAUCUAUGCGACUACGGGUGUCGUGGCUUCAAGUCAUUCGAGUCGCACGUUAACCGACAUCAUCGGCACAUCAAACCCUACAAGUGUGACAUCUGUGGCCAUCCGUUUGCCGAUCAAAGCGAUGUCCUUAAACACAAACGAUUCAAACACUACGCCAAAGGCGAGGGUUUGGAUCAGUUGAAUGAAAAACAAAUUAAACAAUUUAACUAUUCGUUACAAAAGUAUAAGUGCCGCUACUGUGAUAAAGUUAUCUAUAAAAACAAUGAGCUCCGGGAGCACAUCAAAAGCCGACAUUUGCGUAUCAAACCAAACAAAUCCUUGUACUGUGAUCUGUGCGGCAAACUGUUUGCUUGUCUUAAGUCACUGAAUCUACAUAUGCGGGUCAUCCAUGCGGUGGGCAAAUCGGUUACAUUCUAUACGUGCGAUUGGCUGGACUGUCAGUUCCGGACGCAUAACAUAUCGGCCCUAAAAUCUCAUAAAAAUCGACACAUGGGUAUCAAAGAUUUUCUGUGCGGUUGGCCUGGAUGUGAGCACCGUACGGUCACCAAACGGGCCAUUGAAGAUCACCGAUUGGUUCAUACUACCGAACGUAACUACCAGUGCCAGUGGCCCGGCUGCGAGUUUGUUACCAAAACAGAUUGGCGUUUAAAGUCUCAUACGGCCACUGUUCACGAGGACAGGCCUGCACUGCAUAUAUGUCAUUGGCCCGGAUGUGAUAAAAAGUUUCCAUUCAAAACUCAGUUGACCAGUCAUAUGGAUGUGCACCGGGAUCCUACAUAUCCGUGUCCUAUCUGUGAAAAACUAUUCAAAAGUAAACGCAGUCUACGAGGCCAUCGGCUUAUCCAUCAAAAGGAUGGUAAGAUCAAUGUCCGCAAAAACAAUAGUAAAACUGGUAUUAAAGACUAUACAUGUGAGUGGCCCGGCUGUGACUUUAUUACUAACUCAGUCAAAAAUCUCAAAUCGCAUACACAGAGACUGCAUGAGGACAGUCCAGCGAUAUACGGGUGCCAUUGGCCCGGAUGUGAUAAAAAAUUUCGAUUCAAAACAAAAUUAUCAAGACAUAUGAAAAUACAUAACGAGCCGCACAUACCCUGUCCUCAAUGUAAUAAAAUGUUUAAAUGCAAGUCCUAUUUGGACAGUCAUCUACAGUUUCAUCGUAAAUCAAUCGACAAAAAUACAUCAUAAGAGUGUUGUUAUCUAAACAUAUGAUAUGGAAGCGACCAAUCAAUCAGUUACUCUACGGUCUAUAUACACGGUAUAAGACAAUAACAGUACCGGUAAUUGUUGUUUUUAAUUUACCGUUAAAAGCAU